GUAAAAGCCAUGUUUCCUAGGAAGUCAGUACAAAAAGCCAGACUUCUACCGGCAGUUUCUGGGAGAGAGCAGCUUUCCAUCCAACGCAGGGCUUUACCUUUCCUCUGGGAAAUGUUUAUAAUAGAAAAGGCUCAAUUAGGAUAUCUGUCCGCCUCUCCUGUACCUCUGAUGUUUGGUGGGGUUGACAACGGGCAAGGAUAAAAUGAGCUGGUCAUCUCAGAAUCAUGGAAAACCUGGACCCAAGGCUCAGGAAUGCCCCGUAUUUCCGUUGUGAGAAGGGAGACAGUUCUGUCCCCGUGUGUCAAGAAUGCGAAACAUGUGUCUUGGCUUGGAAUAUCUUCUUGACCAAACAGUGGUUCCGGAGGAUAGGAGAGGUGCCCCGGAGAAAGUUUCUGGUGAGCAUCCUGGAGCAGCUGGGUAGCCUCUACUUGCUGCACUAUUUUCAGAAUAUCCUUCAGACCACGCAGGGGAAGGAUUUCAUCUACAGCCGGUCCCGGAUCAACCUCAGCAGGAAGGAGGGGAAGAUCGUCAGGUCUUCCUUGAACCAGAUGUUGGAUAAAACCGUGGAGCAGAAGAUGCGGGAGAUCUUGUCCUGGUUUGCGAGAAGCACCCACCGGACCAAGGCGAAUUACACGCUCUUUCUCCUGCAGAUGUGUGACCCCAAGCUGCUGCUGACCGCUGCCAAUGUCAUCAGGGUCCUGUCUCUGAGACAGUGGAACAACGUCGCGGACUACAACGUGCCGUAUGAGACCUCGGAUGUUUUCUGGGCAGCCAGCACCAAGACUGCAUCCUUCCCUUUGUCCAGAGCUUCAGGAAAAGAAAAUUCGCUUGAAAACAGGAGGGGCGAAGCAUCUAAUACUGAUGGACAAUGGAAGAGUUCCAUCCAGUGCAUUUUAGAGAUGAAUAGCCUGUUUUCCGGAAAAGCAGGCCUGUCGAAGGCCGAAUACACGCCCUCCAAUCUGUUGGUUGACUUGGAUGUCGUCAAAGACCUGUCGUCCGGGGUCAGCAAAUACCGGGACUUCAUCCGUUCCCUGCCCGUUCACCUCUCCAAAUAUAUUCUAAGUAUGCUGGAUAAAAACAGCCUGAACAGGUGUGCCUCCGUGAGCCAGCACUGGGCCAUGCUGGUCCAGCAGGUCAAGAUGGAAUUGUCCAUGCAUCCUUUCAUUCAGAGCCAUAUCACCUUCUUGCAGGGAUCCUACACAAAGGGAAUCGAUCCUAACUAUGCCAACAAGCUUUUUAUCCCAGUUCCUAAAAUAACCGAUAACGGGAAGUGCAUACGUGUGAAAAAUCAGAAAUUGAAACUCAGAACAAAGAAUGACUACAACCUGUGGGCCGCAUACCAGAACCAGGAAACUCAGCAGGUCCUAAUGGAGGAGAGAAAUAUCUUCUGUGGGACUUAUAAUAUCCGUAUCCUCUCAGACACGUGGGACCGAAACAGAGUCAUCCACUAUUCUGGGGGAGAUCUGGUCGCAGUGUCAUCCAACCGGAAAAUCCAGCUUCUAGAUGUCAUACACGUAAAGGAGUUACCCACUGAGUUCCGAGGCCAUGCUGGGAGUGUCCGCACCCUCUUCUUGUGUGAGGAGGAGAACUUUCUACUGAGCGGGAGUUAUGACCUGAGUAUCAGAUCCUGGGAUCUGAAAAGUGGGGCUUGUAUACGAAUCUUCAAUGGCCACCAGGGGACAGUCACUUGCAUGGAUUUAUAUAAGAACAGGCUCGUAUCUGGAGCAAGAGAUUGCCAGGUGAAAGAGUGGGAUAUAGAGACAGGGAAGUGUCUGAAGACAUUUAAACACAAAGACCCCAUCUUGGCCACCAAGAUCAAUGACACCUACAUCGUGAGCAGCUGUGAGCGAGGGUUAGUCAAAGUGUGGCACAUUGUCUCGGCCCAGUUGGUAAAGACUCUCAGUGGCCACGAGGGAGCUGUGAAGUGUCUCUGCUGUGACCAGUGGCAUCUCCUCUCGGGAAGUACUGAUGGCCUGGUUAUGGCCUGGAGCAUGGUGGGAAAGUAUGAGCGGUGCCUCAUGGCCUACAAGCAUCCAAAGGAGGUGCUCCACGUGGCCCUUCUCUUCCUCCGGGUCAUCAGUGCCUGUGCCGAUGGCAAGAUCCGCAUUUACAAUUUCCUCAAUGGGAACUGUCUGAAGGUGAUGAAAGUCAACGGCAGAGGUGAUCCUGUGCUGUCCUUCUUUAUUCAGGGCAACAGGAUGGUGAUCAACACUGAGAGCAAUAUUCUCAUGUUCCAGUUUGAGAAUAUAAAGUGGCAGUACUCCAUGGACCAGGCCAAACAAAAGAAGAAAGAUAAAGAUGAGGACAGGGAAGAAAAUGACCUCACAGAAGUCGCCUCCAGGUCUAGCACUCAGGUUUUCAGCCCGAGGGACUCGAUGUCCAGUAAACAAACUGUGGGCCAGGAGUCCCUGUUAAGUAAAUCAUACAGGUCCCGAGUUUUCCUGAAGGACACCCGGGCACCUACAGAAGUCUUCUCAGAGGGACCUAAAAGUCAAAGAAAGUCAAAAUCACCCCAGAGGGAUGGCAAAAAGAGAGUGAGCGCUCUUUCUAAGGAAGUAUGCGGCAUUUAUGGUGGGCAAGAGAGUUUGGAAGCAAAAUCCCUCGCAGGAGAUACAACGAACGAGGACGAGGAGAAAGUUCCACCUGGAGACUUGAUCAGGCGCUCAAAGAAAAAGCGCUGGCAAAUCCCCAUGUCGCCCGACCAGUUCCUUCUCACGGUGAAUGCCCUGCAGCGGGCCCAUAAGUCAGGGGAGUUUGCCUAUCCCCAGAGGCCCCAAACCCAAGUCAUUGAUGCCUGGGGACCUUCAAUUUCACACCCAAGGAAGGUCCUGAAUUUCAAAGGAAUAUCAGUCCAACAGGCAGUUAAUAGGUUGCGACAUAGCAACCCACCCAUCGACGUGAAGCAAACCAGUAUUCCCCUGGAGAUCCAGAAACUGCAGCCCAACCUGAAGAACUCUUUGCACAGUCCCCAAGUCCAGUCCACCAUACCCCAGCCUGUGAUCGUCUACCCCAGAUUCGCUGGUGGCCUUAAGGGAGAAGACCAAGCGACCGGCCCCGUCGGCGGGACAGUGCGUAGCUGUAGCCCUUUAACCAGCCUGCAGGUCAUUAAACCGAAUCGCAUGCUGGCUCCCCCCGUGGGCACGAGAACCAAGUCCAUCAAGAAAGAUCGACCUCGCUUCUACACGACCCUUGAUCCCUUUAGAAUGAACACCGAGUUCAUGUUGUUGACCGUAAAGGAGGAGAUGGAGUACAGGGAGGCCAAAAUGAAGGAGUUCCAGGCCAGAAAGCCCAGAGACGUGGUCAGUCCAGAAAAAGCCAGCAGAGCUGCCUGGAUCAGGAAGAUCAAAGGCCUGCCGAUCGAUCAUUUCAUGAAGCAAGGGAAGACAGCAGCCCCUGAACUUGGACAAAACGUAUUUAUCUGAACCAGCUUUGGGAAAUGAACAUCUUACAAUAAACAGAGAACCCAAGUGGA